ACAUUGAAGCGUGUGCUACGGGGACGCCCCACCUCCAUCCUGAAACGAGCGCCCUGAAUCGAGGUGCUGCGGGGCUGCAGCUAGAUAAUAUUGAAACGGGUUGCCGCCACUAUCUAAAUCAGUAGUUGGCAGAAAAACGUUACGUUUGGACAUAUAGUGAUCGAAUCCAUCAUGAAGAAACUGCUUGUGGAUGUUGAUUGUGGAGUGGAUGAUGCUCAGGCCAUUAUGAUGGCAUUGGCAGUGCCAGACGUGCAGAUCCUGGGCAUCACCUGUGUUCAUGGAAACACUAACGUAGAUAAUGUCUGCAAAAAUGUUCUGCGUGUCCUGGAUGUUUGUAAGCAUAUGGAGAUUCCUGUAUUCCGUGGAGCAGACAAAUCACUUUUAGGUCAGGUCACCAGUUCUGGAGACUAUUAUGGAAAAGAUGGACUUGGGGAUGCCCCAGAUCCCAAUGCUCCUGGUUUGGACCUCAUUCAGGCAGAAGGAGCAGUAUCAGCCAUGAUUCGAAUAGUCAAUGAAAAUCCUGGGGAGGUAUCUCUAGUGGCCACGGCUCCACUGACGAAUCUGGCAUCGGCGGUGAAACUUGACCCCACAUUCCCCAAGAAACUCAAGGGCCUUUACAUUAUGGGUGGCAACACAGAUUCUCGUGGAAACAUUACCGUGUGUGGAGAAUACAACUUUGUAGCUGAUCCUGAAGCAGCUUACAUCGUUCUAAAUGAAUUUCUUUGCCCAAUUUACAUUGCAACCUGGGAGUUCGCCUGUCGAAGUGAAAUACCUUGGGACUUCUGUGAUGGCUGGCUGGCCCAGGACACAGAUAAGGCUCGGUUCAUGAAUAAGAUCUUUAAGAAAACCAUGGACUCCAGCCGCAAAGCGGAGAAGGAGCCAGGACAGGGAUUCAUCUCCUGUGAUUCUUAUGCCAUGGCAGCAGCCAUAGAUGACAAAUAUAUUCUUGAAACUGACCAAAAAUCUGUAACAGUAGAGCUUGCAGGCAACUAUUGCAGAGGAAUGAUGGUCGUAGAUCAUCUUGAAUUUCUAAAGACUCCCAAAGUCCAUAUAUUAAAGAAAGUGGACUUGGAGAGAUUUAAAAUGCUCUUGAUGAAUGCUUUAAAAUAAAUAGGUCCAUAAUUACAUCUUUGUAGAGGUCCUAGUGCAUGACUCUAUUUUCUUUAAAUUUUUUAAAUCAACUCAUAUUUCAAUUCAUAUUUCAUUUCCAGAAGUGUUAUUUCUCUGUUAUUUCUUAACAAUUCUGUGC